ACGUUAUCAUUGGGACGUCUCUACACAAACCCCUACCCUUACCCGUAACCCUUAUCUAACCUUAACCUUGGACCGUUUGAAUCGUCAACUUCAAUGGGGUGACGUCAGAGGUAGAAAGUCCACAAAAAUGAAUGAACUGCAGUGUUUCUCAAAAGAUUAGACUAGGCCUAGAGUAAAUAAAUGAAAAAUUCUAGCUAAGGAAAACUGCAUGCAAUUCAAUAACAUGACAAUGCAUUGAACAUACACAUUACAUACCAUACAAACAAAGACCUGUAUGUAUUGAUUACUAUUGCCAAUUUGAUGUGGUAACGUUGCAUUGAGUCAGGUGACUGCCGUCAGCUGAUUGCCUCCAGACAGAAUAUGGCCGAACUGUCAGAAGCUCAAUGAGGAACCGCUGAGUUUAGCAUAAUCGAGUCUCUUUUUACGACUUUUGGGGCUCAUAUUUCACUAACGUGGACAACAGUUUUUACAACAGUUACUAAGAUGAGCGGGUUGCCGGUUGGCAUGGCAAAUGUCCCCAGCAAGAGCAAUCGCACAGGGAAGGAUGGCCAGGUGUGGGAGAGACUCUGGACCUUGGAAGAGAUGCGACAGACCAGCGCCAACUGGUCCCUGGCUGCAGACUCAGGACUCUUCCUGUUCCUGCAAGACUUCUCCCAGAGGAUGCUGUCAAAGACUCAUGAGAUAGAGAAGCAGCUGGAUGGACUGAUCAGAGACACCAAGGCCACAGACUGUUGCAUGCACACCGUCUUCAACGACUUCCUCAUGCUCUCCAACACACAAUUCAUUGAAAACAGAGUGUAUGAUGAGGAGGUGGAGGAGGAGGCGGUGCCAAAGCCUGAGGCCUUGGAGAGACCGCCUGAGCAGAAGACUCGUGAGCAGAAGGAAGCCCAGCUGAUUCCUAAGGUCCAGGAAGCAGUGAACUACGGUCUGAUGGUGCUGGACUCUGCAUUUGAGCAGCUAGACAUCAAGGCAGGAAACUCUGACUCGGAGGACGAGGAGGCCACAGACAGAGUGGAGCCCAUACUGGAGCCCAAGGACCUGUAUGUGGACAGGCCUUUACCAUAUCUGAUUGGCUCUCAGCUCUUUAUGGGGCAAGAAGACGUUGGACUGGGUGACCUCUCCAGUGAAGAAAUGUCAGUCGACAGUGAUCGCGACACCGUUAUUGUGAGCGAAGAUGGCAAAGAUGCUAACCAGUCAGACGAUGACUUCGACCAGGAUGAGGAGGGGCCAGGCACCAUUAAGAAGGUGGUGAAGAAGUUGUCUAUGUUGAGUGAGGACGAGGAGGGAGAUUCAGACAUAUUCGGAGAAUCGGAAGAUGAUGAUGAUGACAGAAAGUCUUUGUGUCACAUUCAGAACCCAAGACCAUCAUCCUUUGCUGAUGAGCUGGCCGCCAGAAUCAAAGGGGAACCGAUCAGCAAGCCAGAGGGAGAUCGCACAUCUGUUUGUGUUGUAGCUGAUGAAGAUGACAGCGAGGAGUUAUUCGGGCCACCCAAGAUGGAGGACGAGGACUUCUCUCCGUUUGGAGGAAAAGGGGGCCUCUUCAGUCGAGGGAGAGGACUGUUUGAUGAUGAGGGGGAUCUGUUCUCUGAUCCACCUAAACAGCCUGUAGCAGAGAAGACCACAGAACCUGUCAAGCCUGCUAAGAAGAUUCCUUCAGGGGCUGUGCCAAUUUUCCCAGAGAACAGCCUGUUUGGCACUCCUAAUGACUCUGACUCAGUGGAGGGUAGAGAGAACGGCAGUCCAGCCAAACCCAUCAAGACUCAGACAUCAGCCCCUAGAAAGACCGCUUUAGGGGGGCUGUUUGACGAUGAGGAGGAUCACUUCUUCACCGGCGAAAGCCUUAAUAAAUCCAGCUCUGCUGGACAGGAGGAACCCAAGCAGAAGAAGACAGUGGAUCUGUUUGGAGGAGGUGAUGAGGAUGGUGACAUCUUCAGUGAGAGCUCCGGUGUUCUGCCCCCUCUACAGAGCAGGAGGGAGGUGGUGGAGGAGGAAGAACAGAUGCCAGCAGAUGUCUCCAUGUUUGGUCCUGGUACCAAGACCCUGCUGACUGAGACACUAAAGAAGCAACGGCCCUCCACCAGUGAAGAGUCAGAGGAGAUAUGUCCAACCAUCCCUAAGAGUCAGUCCAAGCCUGAACCGACACUUCAGAGCAAAGCUCUUCUGUCCAUAUUUGUUGACGAGGAGGAUGAGGAUCUGUUUGUGUCUGCGAAGAAGUCUAAAUCAAGCCAAACUGAAGAUGCCACACCACAAGUCAAGAAACCUGUCUCUAGUGCCGUCUUCAGUGAUGACGAGGACCAUUGGAUGAGCUCCAAGCAUAGUGCAGGAAAGACUGGAGGGAUGAAGUCCAGUGAUAGCAACCCUUAUCGUCUACCCAGUGUCAAAGCAGAUCCUUUCGACAGCCUGUUCGAUGAGUAUGAUGACGAUCUCUUUGCUGCUACCAAGGAGUUUAGUCCGAAGAAGCCACAGAGAGUGUCUCUCCUGUUUGAAGAUGAGACUGAGGAUGGUGAAGAUAAGGGAUCCCUCUUCGUCUUCAAACCAGCCAUCAACAACAGCUCUACUCUAGCUGACCCCAAAGCUGCUGCUGUGGGCUCCCCAGCCCCCUCACGGGUCCACACAGUCAAACCUGAGGUGACGGCACCUCCUCCCCCAGUGGAGAAGAGGCGUGCAGCGAAGGGUCCUGAGGUACAGCCCCUGUCCUCUCUAGUAGAGUGCAGUGAGAGUAAGAAGAAGCCAGUAGGGGCCGUCAGUCUGUUUGGAGGGAUCAACGUGCUGGGAGACCGACUGGGAGCAGCCAAGCAGACUAAGAGCCCAUUGGACGAGACUGAUGGUGAUGACUUUCUGUCUGAGGGCCCGCCCCCCAUGGAAAAGGAGUCCAAAAAGAAGAAGAACACCGUCAGUCUGUUUGAUGAUGAGGAGGGUGCUGACUGGACUGUCCCUAUCUCCAUACCUAGCAAACCAGCUGCCAUAAACACAAUAAAGCCUGCAGAGGAGCGUCCUCAUACCAAGAGCAGUACCGGGGUGUUCCAGGAUGAGGAACUGCUCUUCAGUCACACUCAGCAGAGAGACAACCACCCCGACGUUGACAUCUUCGCCACGCCUGACAAGUUUGUGAAAGUAUCGGCGAAGCCCAGUAAACCCGGUAAAGACGAGCCAUCCCCAAAACCUUCUGUCACAGAACCAGUCACAGGGAGUGAGACCAACCUGGUGAUCAACCCUGUUGCCCUCCUACCAGGCCUGAGCCCCAGCUCCUCAGGCCUCAGCCCCAGUCCAGCAUGGACCCAGUCCCCCAGAGACGGAGGGCUUAGCUUCGACCGCCCUGUCCAGGUGUCUGUGCUACAGUGUGCCAACAAGGGUCGAGCUAAAGGCUCCAUCCGCCGCAGGCCCCAGACCAGGGCAGCACGGCAGAUGUCAGCACAGAGCUCCGUGGACCAGAAAAACCAGGGAGAGGACCCGGCCGGACACAGCCCAACCCUACCUCAUCCAACCCAGCCUAGUUUGGCACUACUUAACCCAAUCGAGCCUUGCCUGGCACUACCUAACUUAACCCUCCCCCGGCCUAGUCUACCCAACCAAGCCCCAACCACUGGCUUACCCUCCUUACCCUCCCAACCGCCGCUCACUGAUGUCUCGGUCACACCAUCAGUUCUAGCACUACCAGUGUCCAACACCACUCUAAAGAGAGACUUUUCUAUGGGAAGCAAGGUGAAGGUGCUGCCCUCUCCCGACGAGGCUGACCUGUUUGGGUCUGUCCCUGCCCUAGCCACAGUCCCCAAACUCGCCACAAAGACUACGGAGGGUGAGUUGACGCCGAAGGAAGAGAAAGAAGCGACCCCUCCGUCCCUCUUUGACGACCCCAUGGGUGACUUGUUCCAGAAGGUCAAGCCGAGGUCGGCGAAGACCUUCCUGGAGGAGGAGGAUGAAGAGGGCAUCUUUGUGCUGGGAAAUAUCUCUACUCCCACUACUAAAAUUACUGCAGGGAGCAACCCUACUCCCAAACAGGACCUCUUCCAGGAUGAAGGGGAGACGACCCCCAAAGCUCACAAAGACAAAUCUCUGGAUUCCAGCCUGUUUGACGACAAAGUUGACAUCUUUGCUGAUUUGACGGCCGCUUCAAAACCAAAAGAGAAAAAGUUCAAGAAGGCGGAGACUAAAUCCAUAUUUCAUGAUGAUAUGGAUGUCUUCUCUCCCUGCACUGUGAAGCCAAUGGCCAAGCAGCCUCCAUCCAAGUUCAGGAAAAGCCCUCCCUCCCAGGACACCAGUGCAGCAGACAGCUUGGGCAACAUCUUCGACGACCCUCUCGAUGCUCUGGGUGGGAACUGAACCGUGGACUGUUCCUGAUUAACUAAAACUCUGUGUCCCAAAUGGCACCGUAUUCACUAGAUGGUUCAUUACUUUUGACCAGGGCUCAUAGGGUGUGCACUAUGUGGGGAAUAGGGUGCCAUUUGGGAUGCUGUCACUAACUGUACAAUUGUGCAGAAAACGUUGUUGUUUUGGACUGAAAAAGGGGUUGGAGAUAUUAACACUGUUCUUAUAGAGACUAUUUCUAUAUCGAGACUAUUUCUAUAAAAGCAAUCCAUCGAUCGGCAUAACCUCGGAUGGAAAUUUAAACCCAUCUCUGAUUGAUUGAUAACAAGUAACUAGUUGCCUUUAUUUAAUGUCCAUGGUAGCAGGGCUUAGCCAUCAUUAGGCCAGCUGCUAAUAAAGAAAUAGUCAAUGAUUUAUACAUGUAGUUGAGUUCUGGGUAUGUGCUCUGAGAUUACAUGUCACCAUCGGGCUGUGCCAUAUCACCGUUAUGAAAUCAUUGUUUUUGUUUUUCAAUUAAUAUGAAAUUGUUACAUUUGUUAACUUUGCCUGUGAUAAAUGACAAUAGAUAAUUUUUUUAAAGAAUUAAAUUAUAUUUUGCUAAAUUUAGAA